GAGGAAAGACAUCUCACAAAUAGCCAACGCAUUGCAGUCCAACGGCAUCAGAUUCCACUGGGGUUCCCAGCAAAAAUGCUGUUAACAAAAGACGGAUCCACACAAGUUAUCACAUCACCGGAGGACGGGAUAAGAAAAUUGCGGCUCUGGGGACUCACAGAAAAAGAACUGGAACCACAGGCUUCACCACCUCGUCAUUUGCAGCUUGAAUGGAGCAGAGCUACCCCCACGAAAAAAACUCACUAA